AUGGAGGGAAUAAAGACAGAACCGGUGGAUUUUGUGAAGGAGUUCCAGGAGUAUCUGAGCCAGCAGACGCAGCAUGUGAAUAUGAUCUCUGGGUCUGUGUGCGGAGAAAAGGAGACGUGUGUGGAACAGCAUUACCCCUCUCAUUUACAAGAGACCCAGAGUCCCGUGGAGCCCUCUCCCCCCGACUUGGGCCUGUCUCUGGGGGAGGCUGCGGAGGUGGAAGGACUGGAGCGAAGCAGCGACGGGAAAUAUCAGUGUAACUACUGCAGCUACAGCAACAAGGGCAUGGCCCGCCUCAUCGAGCACAUCCGCAUCCACACAGGAGAGAAGCCGCACCGCUGCCAGCUCUGCCCCUUCGCCUCCGCGUAUGAGCGCCACCUGGAGGCGCACAUGCGCGCACACACGGGGGAGAAGCCGUACAAGUGCGACCAGUGCUCAUAUCGGUGCAGUGACCGCAGCAACCUGUCGCAUCACCGCCGCCGCCGCCACAAGCUGCUGCCUGCGCGCCUGCUGCAGCUGAAGAGGCAGGGGGCACUGGGGUUCGGGCGCAGGCUGGUGUCGAGCUUCGCCCCGGAGCUCAGACUCAGACUCUUAAGAGACGGCGGCGCGGCGGACAGUGGAGCGAGCGUUCACGGUCCGAUGGAUCCGCUGUCAGCACCCGACUCCAGCGAGACCCUGCGUGACGAGAAGCCCAUCCUUAUCCAGGAGAUCCGGAGCCACGCCAAGUGCAGCAGCAGCGGCCAGACCUCGGACUGCAGCCCCACUCCGGGCCUCAGUCGCCCCGCCUCUCCCAUCUCGCCCGCCCUGGACCAGCAGGGGGCGCAGAGCUGCAUCCACUGCCAGAUCCAGUUCACAGACAACAUCCUGUACACCAUCCACAUGGGUUGCCACGGCUACGAGCUGCCGUUCCAGUGCAACGUGUGCGGCCACCUGUGCAGGGACAAGUACGACUUUGCCUGCCACUUCGCUCGCGGGACGCACAAAGAAGAGAGCGUGUAG